AUGGCUCCUCCACCUCCGGCCACCUUGCCUUUGGGCGACAGAAUCAAGGCCUUGGCCCAGACUUUGCAGUUCGGUUGGUUCGUAGGCCACCUGACCCUUCUUUUGACAGUCUUCCGAUAUGGACUGUCCUAUAUCUUUUUCAACUAUUACUCCCGCUGGGCCAAGAUCUCCUACCGACUAGCUUUCGUUUCCGCCGCGGCUACUUAUGGAAUUGUGGUGUAUAAGCAAUAUAUUGCUCGAGGCAAGCUUUCUGGAUCUCCUGUGCAGAUCGCUUUUAAAUUAUUGAGCGAUGAGAAUGUUCAAUAUCUCGGAAUGGCCCUUGUGUGGCUCUACUCUCGCCAGGUUCCUCUGGCCCUCUUGCCCUUCAGCGUCUACUCCGUCUUCCACGUGGCCACUUAUACUCGUACAUACCUGCUUCCUACCUUGCAGCCAACCCCUCAGGGCAAUACCGGACCGGCUUCCCCUGGUGGCUCACGCCAGACCACUAAGCAGUCACCCCUGGCAGAGAGCAUUGGAAAGUUCGUCAAGCAGUACUACGAUUCCAGCAUGUACCUCGUCGCAUCCCUCGAGCUUGGACUGCUUUUCCGCCUGGUUCUCUCCGCAUUGACCUUCUCCAAGGGCAGCUGGGUUUUGUUGGUGAUCUACUUGUCCUUCUUCCGUGCCCGUUACUCUCAGAGUUCUUUCGUCCAGAGCGCCGUGGCCCGAUUCACUGCCCGCGUGGAUACCUUGGUAUCUCACCAGAGCACUCCUCCCCAGGUUCGUCAGGGCUGGGAAUCCUUCAAGGGUGUCACUGGCCAGGUUUACGGAGCUACCGAUAUUAAACGCUACCUCGGCGGUGAACCGGCUGUUGCAGGCAAGAAGCCUCAGUAA